GGAGGAGGAGGAGGAAAAGGAGGGGGCACCUGACCUGCUGCUGCUGCUGCUGCUGUGCCAGUCCCUGCUGCUGAUAGAGCUGCAUUGAGGACCAGCCCCACAGCCCAGUCCUCCCAGAUAGAUGGACUUUAAGAAAAUUGCUGAGGAAAUUUCCCAAAAGAUUUUGUCAUACAGCCGUGAUACAUCAGGGUGGAAAGUGGCUAAAACUUCAAAAAAGAUUACAGUUUCCUGGAAGCCUUCUAAAGAGUAUGGAGGAAAUUUGUACCGUGGAGAAGGAGUUAUAAAAGAGGCCCCAGCUAAAUUAAUUCAGUUCAUGUACUUUCCAGAACACCGAACCAAGUGGGAUAAGUCUUUACAAAUAUAUAAACUUUUACAAAGGAUUGAUGCGGAUACAUUCAUUUGUCACACCGUUACGCACAGUUUUGGCAUGGGCUCUAUAUCGCCCAGAGAUUUUGUCGAUUUAGUACACAUCAAGGUCUACGAAGGGGAUGUUUCAAUCGUCAGUUCAGUGAGUGUGGAGUAUCCACAGUGCUGUCCAUCUUCAUCUUGCAUCCGCGGUUAUAACCACCCUUGUGGUUAUGUUUGUUCGCCUCUGCCAGAGAAUCCAUCAUAUUCCAGAUUGGUGGUGUUUGUUCAGCCUGAACUGGGAGGAAACUUACCCCGUCCAGUGAUUGAAUCUGCACUGCCUACCAGUUUAAUAAACUUGAUCGGCGAUUUAAAAGAUGGAAUAAAAUCACCCAAGAGUCAUUCAUCACAUGCACACAAAAAAUGAAAUUGUUUUACUGCUAUUAAAGCAUAUACUGAUAUUCCUCCAA